ACUGACAGUAAAUGUGAUAGUCAAUUUUACAGUGUUCAAGUUGCAGAUUCAACAUUUACUGUGCUGAAACGUUACCAGCAAUUGAAGCCCAUAGGAUCAGGGGCACAGGGCAUUGUUUGGAGCCAUCAAUGCAGUGCCUUGCCAUUAACUGGCAGGAUGAGGCAAAUCAGUGUCAUUGUCACUCCAUGGAUUACCCAGAAAGGGAUGCUGUGUGAGGGGCUGGGCUGGCCGGCUCUCCCUUGGUGUGUCACCCCAGCUUUGUGUCCAGCCUCCACUGGCCCAGGACGUGGGAGUCUUUAGGCUGCUCCUGAACCUUAGUCUCUUGUAUGGCACCACACCUCUGGGCCAGCUAAAGGGGAGCAAACAGAUGUACCCAGGAACUCUGUGAUAUUGACUUCAUCACAACACAUGGUGGGCCGUUUGUACUCUGAAUCCAGCCUGCAGUUUCUCUUCAUCUGUAAAAUCUGCAGAAUAACUGUGAUGACUCAUGUACUGUGAAUAACUCCUUAACAGCACCUGCCCAUGUCUUCUUGGCCUUUCCAUAACCAUAAUAAGUUAUAUAAGUAGGAAAAGAGUGCAUUUCUGUGAAAACAGGCCUUAUUUUUAAAAAUUUUUAGCUACCUCUCUUGUCCUGCUGAUAGGUGACAAACAAUCAAAAUGAAAACACCAUAUUUCAUUUUUCUUCAGUGGGUUGAGUGAUGAGGGGUCCGAGAUCUUGGUCAUUAGGAUUUGGGGAAGAUUUCGUAUAGUACUGACAUUUUCCAGGUGUCUGUGUUCUCAGAGUUAUGCUUGGUUGAGAUGGUGUGCAGGAAUUUGGGGUGCUUGGAAGUGUUUGUUCUUUCAUUAGAAGCAGAGCAUUUUUAAGCCACAUUACUUUGGAUCUCUGCUUCAGAAUGAAAUGCAGGUAGUGUUAAGGUCAUUGUGUUGGGAGGAAGAGGAAAUUAUUUGAUUUAUUCGCUUGUUUUGAAACUACUUGAUUUAUGGAACAACAGUGAAACAUUGCAUGGAUUUUCAUCUUGCUGUGAAAUACCUCAAGUUGAACAAGGUGCAACAUCUUAGUUUCUCCUAAAAUCUUUAUGCAAGGGAAAGAUACAUUUUACUUCCUAGUUUUUUGUAGAAAACUCAGUGUAAGAUGAGUGCUAUCCUGCUAUGUUUGGCUGAAAAAAUUGUCAAGACAUUAGGCUAACACACAGAUGUGAUGGCUUUUUCAUCAUCCUGUGUUUAAUAUAAAAAAUAGGAGAAGUUUUUCUGGAGUUUUCUGUCUGGAUUUAAUUUAUUCUGUGAGGAAUUUUUAAUACCACCUGUGUCACUUUAGCUAGGAGAGAUCUAAAUUUUUUUCUUUUUGCUUUUUUUUUCUCAUGAUAUUAAUGGGAAACUUCAGUGGUAUUGCUCCAUGUAGUUUUAACUUUGAUAUUAAAAUGUAGGAUAAUAAGUAGUUUUAAAAAUAUAUACUUAGGAAAAAUGGUAAACGAGAGCUUGAGGAAGAUGAAAAAGCAACUCAGCUUUUAUGUAGAGGGUAUUUCUAGCUCACAAAGCCAGGAGAGAAACUGGAUACAUCGUUUGUAUUUUAUGUGCAAAGUAAACAUAUUUAACUUACUGCACUUCUUCAUUCCUAGGUAUUAAUACAGCUGAAGUCUGCUAAUCUAUUUUGGACUGAAUCAAAAUAACUUUUGUCUUUAACUUCCUCACAUCUUUUUUUUUUUUUUCCUUUCUUGUCCUUGAUUUCCUAAAUUUUCUAGUCAAUCUCCAAAAUAAGAGGUUCAGGUAGAGUUCUUCAUAUGUGCCUAAACUAAGGCUUCUCAUACAUCUGAUUUGUCACAUCACACAGGGACACUUCCCCUAAAAUUGUUCCUCUAUCUGCUGCUGCCCUGUGAUUUACAGCUAAUUCAUGCAGACCCUGUUGGUUACUGGUUUGAUACUAAUUCACAGGUAUAGUCAUUAACAUAUGGAAGUUAUUAAACAUUAAAGGCAUUAACAUAUAAAAAUUAAUUUACAUGUAACAUCUUUUGGGUGGAUACUGAAAUAUCAGUGCUUUCAUGUUUAUGUUUAGGAGGAAAAUAAUUUCACCAACUGUCUGGCCAGUUGCUUUCCUCCCACUCUGUGUUUCCUUUUGCACAGGCAUAAAGGGUUUAAAUCAGAGACUUGGUGUAACACUCAGUAAUGACUUGUGCACUUGUGCACUUACUUCAGAAGCAAGCUGAAAUAAAUGCUACCAAGUCUUUAGUUAAGUGGCACAUUGGUUCAAAUUGGGAGGCAUCUCCCAAAAAAACACAUCUCCUGGGUGAGCCCUGCCUUGUGGUGGUGUGGCUUUUUUCUAGGAGGGAAAGCACUGACUUUAGGCUCGGAAACUUGAUAGAUUUUGAGUAUUGUUCUACUUACAGGGAAGCUGUAUUUUUUGUUAGAGUACUGUAGUGUGAUGGCCCUUUUAAGUCUGAUGUCACAUAUAACUUGAUGAGAUAGGAAAGGAGCUCACAAAGAGCUUAAAUGUGCUUGGAAAAAAUGUGAAUGAGAAUUCUUUCCUAUCCUAUGAAAGGAACAUCAAAUGGAAAUAGGGUAAUGUGGGAAUCCUUAUUUAAAACUGAAACUGUUUAAAGACUACAACUCCUGAAUAGCAUGUGCUAGGAAUUCACAUAUAUUUUUGCCAAAUAGUCUGUGUUACUGAUGAAGACUAUUCUCACUUUAGUCUUGUUUUGUUUAUACAGAUACUUUAGCUUUAGAUUCUUUCAGCUAUUAAAGCAAGUGUAACUUUGACCUCAAACUGCAGAGGGAAGGAAGAAACACAAGUAAAAAGCAGGUGCUGCAUUUGAUACAGUGCUUGGAAUCAAUGUUGCUGUGAAGAAGCUGAGUCGUCCUUUUCAGAACCAAACCCACGCCAAGAGGGCCUACAGAGAGCUCGUUCUUUUAAAGUGCGUCAAUCACAAAAAUAUUAUUAGUUUAUUAAAUGUAUUUACACCACAGAAGUCACUAGAAGAAUUUCAGGAUGUAUAUUUGGUUAUGGAGCUGAUGGAUGCAAAUUUGUGCCAGGUUAUUCAUAUGGAAUUGGAUCAUGAAAGAAUGUCUUAUCUUCUUUACCAAAUGCUAUGUGGGAUCAAGCAUCUCCACUCAGCUGGUAUCAUCCACAGAGAUUUGAAACCCAGCAACAUAGUAGUAAAAUCAGAUUGCACACUAAAAAUCCUUGAUUUUGGACUGGCAAGAACAGCAUGUACUAACUUCAUGAUGACUCCAUAUGUGGUAACACGAUAUUACAGAGCACCGGAGGUUAUCCUGGGAAUGGGAUACAAAGAGAAUGUUGAUAUCUGGUCAGUUGGGUGCAUCAUGGGAGAAUUGGUGAAAGGUUGUGUGAUAUUCCAAGGCACUGAUCAUAUUGAUCAAUGGAAUAAAGUUAUUGAACAAUUAGGAACACCAUCCACAGACUUCAUGAAGAAACUGCAGCCUACAGUGAGGAAUUAUGUAGAAAACAGGCCCAAAUACCCUGGUAUUAAGUUUGAAGAGCUCUUCCCAGACUGGAUAUUUCCAUCAGAAUCUGAUCGGGACAAGUUAAAAACCAGCCAAGCUAGAGAUUUAUUGUCAAAAAUGCUUGUAGUAGAUCCAGACAAGAGAAUUUCUGUAGAUGAAGCCUUACGUCAUCCUUAUAUUACUGUCUGGUAUGAUCCAGCUGAAGCAGAAGCUCCUCCACCUCAAAUCUAUGAUGCACAAUUGGAAGAAAGAGAACAUGCAAUUGAAGAAUGGAAAGAACUAAUAUACAAAGAAGUUAUGGAUUGGGAAGAAAGGAGCAAGAAUGGUGUGGUAAAAGAUCAGCCCUCAGAUGCAGCAGUGAAUAGCAACACCAGUCCUUCCCAGUCAUCAUCUAUCAAUGACAUUUCAUCCAUGUCAACAGAGCAAACAUUGGCCUCAGACACAGACAGCAGCCUGGAUGCCUUGACAGGACCCCUCGAAGGAUGUCGAUGAUCAGCUGUGAUUGCAGACUUGACUUUGGAAAAGAACUCUAGUUUCCAUUGGGCCUGAAUUGCUUGUAAGUUAAUGGAACCAAGUAGAAAAACUCCAUGUUCUGCAUGUUCUGCUAAAGUAAUGCCUGUUGUUUUUUUUACUCAGUUGUUAUGAAAUUGCCUGCUUAAUGUUGUAGAAUGGAAGCAAAUCAAUGUCUAAAGAACAAAAAAACCCAGUUAAAUUUAGACACUAUUACAGGCUUUUCUUUGUUUCAGCCUAUUUCAGGUGAGCAGUUAUAAUAGACUUUUAGCCAAUAACUCCUCUUAAGUGGCUUCAUCAAUCUCCAGUCCCAUCUGGCAGGCUUCUGUGACACAAUGGUUGUUUACAUUUAGUACAGUAUUGCUCAUCAGUGGGUUUUUGAAUGUAUAGUCCCUAUGAAGUUUGUUUUACUGUGUGACUGUGGCAGUUUGCUUUAUUUAAUGACCAGAGUGUUGUGUGUAAGUGUGAGCUCACAUGUGGAAUGCUCUCAGUACUGUGUUUAAAGGGCAGGUUUUCUUCCACAUAGCACUUUUUUUUUUCUUUUAAUCAAACCCUUUCUAGCUUCACUUUUCAGUAAUUCUCUCUUCUUGUAGAAGAGAUAAACGUGAAGUUUAAAGCAUAAAGCCAUUACUUUGUAUUUCACCUGAGUGUCUUUUUCAGUCUUUUAAAUGUGGACAGAAGAUACAGUGGCUUAAAUAAAUCAUGAGGAAGAAUGAGUGACUUUUCUGUGAAGCAGUGCCUGUUUAGAAGAAGAGAGUGUGCUAAAAUGUUCUGUAUUUUCUAGCUUGUGAUACUCAUCCUUUAACAAAGAUAAACAGAAAAUGAAGUUUUAUCUGUGAUGCUCUUCAUCCACUGCAAGCUCUGAUAAAAGGAGAGAUGACUUGGAGAUACUUGCAGCCUCAAAAAGCUGCAUAAAUGUUUUCCAUUUUUUUAAUGGGUCCAUUCUAUCUAGUGAGUAAUUAAAGAAAUAACAGUACAGUAGUUCUGAGUCACUUGUAAAUUAAGCAUUUAGGUAACAGAGCUUAGCUCUAUUCUCACCUUAGGAAAGUCUAUUUGUUGUGAGAAGAAAGAUAUGUUUAAUACAAAUUUUCUAAAUGCAGUGUCAGACAAGAGGAGGAAGUUAUUUGCUGUUUCCAUACAGAUUUAUCAAUACAGUUUUCAGAAUCAGAUAAUACAAAAUUUCCUGUUACAUUGCACAAUCUGUUGAAUUAGAAAAUGCAUUUGCAGUAGGGUAGGAGUUAAAUUGCUCUGUAACACACACUUGUGACUUGGAGUGCACAGGUGUGAAGUUUGCUGUGCAUGUGAGUGAUUGAACUACAGAACUGUAAUAGUAAUAGACAUGUACAAGAUGAGGUAAAACACCACUUUCUUAAAGGCACUAUAUUUAGCUGUUGAUCAGAUGCUCUUGCCUUGAAUAUAUAAAUAGAACCUGUAAAAUACACUGGCCCAGAGAGCCACUGCAUUACUGACAUACUUCUCAUGUAAAACACAAUUGUCCAUUGUUCCAGGCCUUUUGACUUGAAAAGCAGCACUUUCUCCUUAUGCAAACCUGGCUUUUAUAUUAAAAUUCUGCCCCUUUUUAAUAGCUUAAUUUGCUUUAGUAAAAAUACCAAGAUUUUAGUGUCCCAGAAGAUUUUAAAAAAUUAACAAGGUAGUUAAUGUUAACUUCAGAAUUAUAUUCUGGCAUAUCUGAUUUUUAAAAUUCUCUUUAAUUGUUGUAUUUGGGGCUUGUGUUUUUUCUUAUUGUUUGGUUUUCAGCCUAUGGAUAAUUUACUUUUAUCUUUGGAUACUGACAGUAUAUGUGAAAUAUUUUUAGUGCAUUCUUGGCACUGGAAAAACAUUUAAAAAUACCUAUUUACCAUAUAGCAGAGCAGUACACUUUGCUGUUCUUUUUCUUUUUUUAGUCCAUGUUAUUUGUGUAAGUUAAAAUAGAUGAAAACACCUAUUUACAAUGAACAAUUAGUGAAUUUGUCUGCUGAAUUUCAUUUUUCAAGACUUAAAUUUUUCAGCUGAAGUUGCACUGUGCUAUGUUCAUUUUAACAGUUCCUACUUUAGAAGACUUCAUGAUUUAUUGCUUUUUCCCCAUGUGAUUUGAAUACUCACAGAGUUGAAUUUUUCCUGUUGGACUUGGGCUGCUCAGCACAACAGAGGGUUGGACCAGAUGACUUCCAGGUCUAUUCCAACCUAAAAUAUUCUGUGAUUCAAAUUGUCUUAAAGUGUUUUUAACAAUACUGUUCUGUCUUCAUGACUGGUAUCUGUCCUUCUCCUAGUACAUACUGUUAGCUUGAAAAUAUACUCUUGGAACAAGAAAAGAAACCCCAACCUUGAGAUUAAAUGAGUUUAUUUGUAAAUCUUGUAGGAAGACUGUCUCAUGCCUAAAUUUUUUUUAUGUCUUCUUGCUAUGGCAUACAUUGAAGCUUAAUUACAGAAUGCCUUCAGAGCAUGCAUGAAAUGUCUGUGACUAUUGUGGAUUUUGACUCCAGUUUAAUCCAAAACCAUAGUGCAAAUGCACAUGGAUCUCCAGAGGACACAUCUGCAGACAAUACCCAGCAAAGCCAGGCAGGUGCAUGCUGCAGGUCCCAGGCUGUCCCAGUGUGCUCAUGUGGGCCCUCAGUGCACUGCAUGCGGCUCCUCCCCUGUCACUGCUCCUGUGACUGCAGGGCAAAUUCAGUGCCAGGUUGGGGACAUGGUGGUCAAUGCCACGAGAACCUCCUCACUGAUGGAACACAAAAUCCAGUGUAACUUGACAGGGAGAGUUUGGUGUGCAAUAGAAUCACUUUUAUUCCUAAUACUAAAUUUAUGUAUGUAAAGUGAUGCAAUUGACCGUGGUUUUGCACUUUGGCAUUUAUAAAUAUUUAUAUGUAUUUAAAAAUUAAGAAUAUGUGUGUGUAUACAUAUAUAUUAAGAAAACAGCUCAGUUUUGUAAACAUGAAUGUUACUUUCCUUUGAGAGACUUUGUAUAGUGUUAACACUACGGCAGCAUACAUAGACAAUUUAUGAACUAUGACUAAAAUAAAUGGUGGUCAACAUAGAUAUGAUCUGUAAUCUUAACUGCUCACCUGAAAAAAAAGGGAUCUUUGGCUGUCAAUAGAUACUUUACCAGAAACUUGUUAAACAUCUGAACACUGAGUAGCUGAAUGGCAUUGCAGAAAUGGAGUAUGUUUUAAACAGUUCAUUUCAUCUUUGCUCAUAUCAUUUUUCCUCAAAAAAGCCUUUAGAAAGAGAAGCUUGGCAUUUUGCAAUCUGGGUAAGCAGCCUGUACUUGUACUUUGAGGAAAUCCUGUGAUAUGACAAGUCUGGGUCUUUAUGGAAAAAGACAAGAAACGAAUGUCAAAGGCUUUGUCUGCAUGGAUCAUACAAACUAAACUAGUCUAAGGACUGGAAACUACAAUUUGCAAACAGUCUUUGAAAUUUUGUAAUGUUUCCAGCAAGGGCUUGCAUUGUCUUGUCAAAAUAAUGAAAAAUUCAACCUUGACUAGAAAUUAACUAGUUGGUUGGAGAGUUUUAAAAGCUGUUAGGAACCAGAGGGCUCUUGAAAGAGGUUUUGUCUUUUUUUACAUCCUAACAGAGCAUAUUUGUUUAUUCCAAAUUAAUUAAAAGAAAAAUGUUAUUCCAUAUGUUUAAUUUUUCUUUCUUAAAGGAAGGACCUUAAAUGCUAAAUUGCUUUCCUUAAAGUUAAAAUUUUAUGAAUGAAGUAGGAUUUAGCUAUUCCAAACACAGCUGACUUGGAGUUGCCAAGGACAGGGUGGGUGAGCCUUGUGUUGUCACAAGGGCCACCCUCCAGCUGGGAGUGAGCUGGGAGGUCCCAGCUCCAGGUGCAGACAGACAGACAGACAGACCUUUGUGGUCCUUGGAGAGCGUGGGUUCAGUCUUGCAGCAGCACAGAGUGUUUGGGGUAGGUGCUGAACUGCAUUUGUCUGCAUGUUCUACAUGUGUCAUGGAUUCUAGCAGGGCUUGAUGAGCCUAGUGAGACCCUAUUCUGGGAAGCAGAUUCUUUCCUGGGAUGAGUGUUGUGUCAUUCCUGCUCAAAACUGGUUUUGAUCCAGGCACACCUGCAUCCAGAUGCAGAAUUUGGACUUGAGUUCUAUAAUGAAUCUAGUGACUUCUUUGCUUUUCCAGAGUGUCUUGAAUUAUUUUUUUAACAUGCUGAAAGAUGAUAAAAAAAGAGUAUUCUGGUUCAUUAUUUUACAUAUUUUAUUGUCUUUUACAUGAGUGGUGUUCUAAAAGCUUCCUACACAAGUUGUCGAAUCAGUUGUGGUUUUUGCCCACUCUGCAUGCUAAAAUAAUGUCUGGGGCUAAAAUAAUGUUUUAAGUAAACCAUCUUUUCUCAUGUUAGCUUUGGAGGAAAUUGGAGAGAUAGCUUUUCUUUUUUUGUUUGUGUUUUAUCAAAUGAUUACUUUUGCAGCUAAAAUUUCAGUUGUUGGAUUUCAGUCCCACAGUGUUGCUUUGUGGAUAUAAAUUUCCUGGGUCCUCUAUUUCAAAUUUGUAUAAGAUGUCCAGUAUAAAAUUAAACUAAUAAAAUGCACUCUUCUGCAAUUUGUUAUUGAAAACAAGGCAAAUCAUUUUGGUCCAAGAAUUGAAAACAAAAUAGAGAAAAUACAUUUAACUAUUUAAGUUUAUUCAGUGAUGCUGCUGCUUAUUUUUUUAAAAGGUGCUUGCAGUUUUGCACAAAAGAAAUCAACUUUAUUAAUUGCUGGGUUUGAAGCACUUUAGGAUUCUUCUAAAUACAACCAUAUAUGGUGUGAAAAGGAAUGACAUAACAUACUUAAUGUGUUUAAAUUUUGGUUGUAGCCUUUGCAAUUCUGACAGAUUUGAUCAGCAUGUUUCUUUAAACCUGUUUUCAGAGAUCAGAAAUCAGAAACCUUUGGGGGGCUGAAAUUUAACAUGGUAAGAGAUCAUUUGAGAAAUACCUUCUGAGUGGGUGACUUGAUUGGCAACGUGACUACCUGGCCAUCUAUUAAAUAAAGACACAGCAAUGUCUGUUCCUGCAGCAAGGGCAGCUCGCUGUGGGCACUGGGAUUCCUUUUUUAAACAAAAAAACCCUUUUCUUAACUCUUGGCUAUGCAUCAUGAAGUUGUAUGUGCUGUGGUGAGGCCAGGACAGCUUUGUGGGACUCUCCUGCAGCAGAUCUCUGUGCCUGCCAGGGGAGACACUGUCCCUGCUCUGCAGUGCUCCAGACACCAAAGCCCUGGCACCUGUGGGGUGUGCUUGAGCAAGUCCUGUGUUUCUUUCCCUGGUGGGCAGUGGCUCAGCACUCCUCAGGCUCCUUAGGAUAACAAAAGUAGGGGAGGAAGGAAUCAGGUGCAAAGAGCAGUUGGUGCUGGCUGCCUGAAGCAGAGAUUGUGUUUGUGUUUGUUGCUGAUCAGAGCUCCUUAUACCCCUGAGCACGUGCUGUUGUCUUGUCUUCUAAUGGGGAAAAGCUUUUUUUAAAAACCCAAGCGUGUCACAUUUUCUAUGAAUUCAGAUGCUUAAAUUGGUGCUAAUUUUUUAAAAGAAAAUGUAACAGAUGGUUAGCACUGUAUUUGUCUGUUUUUGAUACCUAUAUUUUCUUAACUGGUAGCAAGCCAAACUUUAUAAAAUGACUAAUGUGCAUUUUCAGCUCCAUCAGAUUCCCAGAUUUUCCUAAAGUAAAAUGCUUAAACUUCCAUGGUAGCUACUGGUUCUUUGGAGCCAUUGCUUUCAGGUGUUUUAGACACUAAUCAAAUGAACACAAUUAGAACAGACAGAACAAUACCUAACUAUCCCUUUCUUUAAAUCACAACGUGGUUCCCCAGGUGGUUUUAGCAGUUUAAGAUGCCUAAUUAAGAGCAAAUUAGAGAUACCUGUGUGCAGUUAACUCAGUAUAUUGAAGCCUUACUUGGUUGUUAAGAUAAUUUAUAAAGAUUAUACAAAUCUUCAUCUAUUUUAAAGAGGGAAUAACAAGCAGAAAUAAUGAACUGUUUUCAUACAAAUGAAAUGUAAAUUCCAGAAAAUAUAUUAUUUAAUGUAUUACAGAACACAGGAUAUUAAAGAGUGUAAUAGGCUCAUUAAGUGAUUAGUUAUGAAAUCCAGUUUUUAUCCAAUGACUCAAACCCUUUCCAAAAUGUAGUUCUCUGAGAAUUUCUUUUGAAUGCCUUCAAGUUUAACUCCUCUCAGAAUCAGUUGUUGGUUUGGUGUCCUCUUUCCCACCUUCUGUUUACCAAAUGUCACCAAAAGUAGCAUCAAGCCCUAUCAUUGUUACAGUGUUCUGGUUUUAUGGCCUUACCAUUAGUUCUAGUCUGGUAUAUACUUUCAGAAGAAAGAUGUGCUUUGAAGUCUAACUGCAGAUACAUGUGGCCUCUUCUGCCUAUGGAAUUAGGCUUUGAUUGUCAUAUCUCAUUCUCAAUGCUUGUGCAAUAGGAACAUAUUCCUCUCAAUGCAGUGGCUAUUUUGUCUGAUGCUGGACUUUGGUUUCAGGAUGACUAGAAAGUUUUUUUGGGUUUGUUUGUUUUGGUUUUUUUUAUGGACAGCAUAAAAUGGUUUUUUGGACUGUUACUCUUUAGGAAACUAGAAUUUGAUAAGGAAAACUGUCAAUAACUAGUUCUGUAGUUUAAGCCUUGUUCUGAAGCUUUUUGGUUUUUUUUCUUUCCAAAAAUGUUAUUGUAAAACAGUACUAAAGCCACUGUAAAAUUACAAAUAAAUAUGUAUACAUAAAGGA